GUACAAAACGCCUGGUGCACGAUGUCCUUAUCGGCCAUGUAAACAUAGAAGGGGUUCGGGCUGCCACACGCCAGUAUUAACAUAAAUUACACACAAAAUACUUAACAAAUUGUGCUCCUCUGACGCAGUAAGAAUAUUAAAAAAUUCAGCAAUGAAGUUUUACGAAGGUGCCAGUAUUCUAAAAUUUUCAUGGGAUCAAGUAGCCCAAGGCAUCUGGCAGCGCUACCCGAACCCUGAAAGCUCCCAUGUGUUGUCAGAGGACACCAUUGUUAGAAAAGUCAUUGGACAUCAACUCCAUUCCAAACGGAUUUUAACUAAAACAAAUCGUAUGCCAAAAUGGGGUGAACGACUUAUCAGUGCUAGAAAUGUCAGUAUUAUUGAAGAAUCUAUUGUGGAUCCAGAAAAGAAAGAAAUGUGUACAUACACAAGGAAUGUGGGGUUAACAAAGGUUAUGACUUGUGUGGAGAAGGUUGUAUACAAACCCAGCCCAGAAAACUCACAGUGGACAGUAGCUGAAAGAAAAGCAUGGAUUGACUCCAAGAUAUUUGGAUUUGGGUAUGCAAUCCAGAAAUUUGGUGUAGAGCGCUACAAAAAAAAUAUAAAUAAAUCCAAUUCAGGAUUUGUCUAUGCUCUAAAUAGAAUGUUUCCAGUUGCUGACAGUUCUAUUGAAGCUUCAAGUAUCCAUCACCUUACUCUAGAAGAAAGGAAACAAAGAUUAAAGGAGGCAGCAAGGGAAACUGCUAAGAGAGCAAAGGAGCUGGCUCAAGAAAAGGCUGGGCCUAUUUAUGCUGCCUGUGAAGGAGUCAAAAGCUGAGGAUCAAAUAACCUGGCUGAGAUAAAGAUGGCCAACGCAAGAAAGUCAUCAGUCAUGUAAGAUACUGUCUGUUAAAGACUUGGGUGCUACUUCUAAAGUACAGCAACUUGAAUAGUUACAAAUCUUCACUUGUUACAGUGCAAAUGAUAUAAUUACUGUUAUACAUUAAUUAAAUAUUAAUUAAUUAUUUACUUAUAUGUUGAUUAUUAAUUGAAUGUACUGUAUAAAAAACUGGACCAUAUGCAUUUAUUAAAUCUAGUGUCCGGAUGAUUUGUGUGCAUAUGUGAUUUUUCUAAAAAUACUUAAUUGCAACUUUUAUUAAAUCUGGAAAGUGCCCUUAGGUAAAUGAACAUAUUGUAAAUAUUGGAAAUAUGUAUGUAAAAGGUUUAAUGAGAUAAUGAAAACAUUUGGAUGAGCUCAUUCAGUAAAAUUACAUUGUGAAUUUUGAUGGUUUACUACUACAAUAAAAGUUCCGUCCGGAAAUAUAAUAUAAUCAAGCUUUCCAACUCUUGAUUCUAUAUUUAUCACAAGGUAACUAUUCCAUUUCAUUCCAUGUUUUUGAAAUGUGUUUGGCAAGUAUGAGAACAGAUACAAGAAUAGAAUAAAAUCUUUUCAUGAGAAUGAGUGUUCGUAAGGUAUUAAUGCUUUUACAACCACGGGAGUCACACGAGGUGUGCAGAUCGUUUUGAGGGAUUGUGCUCUUUCAGUAUUAUCAUUAUUGUUUUCUUGUUUGAGAAUACAAAAAUUUAAGAAAUAUACUAGUUAUAUUAUGCACUUUGAAUGCAUUCUUUAUCACUUUCUCUGAAAGAUUUAUGCCCAAACAAAAUACUGCACAUUCAGCAAAUUAAGCACGAUAUUGCAACUUUAAUAUAAAGCUUGCUAUUAUAAUAUGAACGAUUAAGGAUAUGAAAUAUACAGUAGAUGCAUCUUUUGUAUUACUGUUGUUCGUGAGAAAUAUCAAUUCUCUCGUACAUAAAAUCUGUUGAGUAUCAUUGAAUUUAAUGAUUGUAUUGUGUAUACUACAUGCUAGAUACCAUGUUCAAUUAAAUUUAUUGUAUCAACUGAAUAUUAUCUAUACUUACAUUUGAAAGUAUAAUAAGGAUAAUGUGUUUGUCAUGUGGUCAUUGUUACAUGAAAAGUUAAUUCAGGAUUUGAAAAAUUGCUGCCAUGUUUACAUAUUAAAUAAUGUAGUUUCUUUUUAAAGUAGAUAUCAGAUUUCUUGAAAGCUUAGAUGUUUUUGUGUAUAUGUGGAAACAUUUUAUGGAAUGAUUUUGCCAUGGAUUUACAUUUUGGUUACAAGUUAACCCUUAGACUGCUCAGUUAUUUAAAAGUACUACGUCAUGCUGUGGCCAAUGAAAAAUUGCUAACAAAUCAAAUGGUAAAAAAUAGCAAAUAGUAACUGGAGCAGUGUAAUGGUUAAUUGAUACUAGUAAUGUCGGUUGUGUUGAUUAAUAUUCAUCCAGCCAGUAACACUCAACUAACUUUUCAAAGAAAUUAUUUUUUAAUUUGUAGAUAGCAUUCAGCAUGGAAUAAUUAACAAACAUCCUCAAUAAAGAAUUUUGUUUC